AUGGGCGGGGGUUCUGCCCGACCCACGACGACAGUGCCACCACCAAUACCCACGAUCGACGCUGCACGCACUGCGGACACCGUCUCUGCUGGUAUCCCGCCAGAGCUGUUUACCCCCCUGCAAGAGUUCUUCGCGUGCGCGAUCAUUGGAUUCCCAAUAGCGACCACGAUAUAUGGUAUUACGGUACUGCAAACAUACUUAUACUUUCGCCGCUAUCCAAAGGACAGCGCCGCGCUGAAGUCUCUGGUCAGCGCUUUGUGGGCUCUGGACACGCUGACUAUCGCAUUGAUAUCGCACGCCAUCUACAACCUGUUCGUUCUGAACCUGGGACAUUUAGCCGACGAUGUCAAGCUGCCUUGGAGUGUUGUUCUCGAGGUAGCUAUAACGGACGUCAUCAUCGUAGCGGUGCAGUGUUAUUUUGCACACCAACUGUAUAAACCGAGCUGCGGAAAUAAGAUCCUCACUGGAUCGAUAGUCCUUCUGACAAUCCCAACAAUCUUCAUAGGAAUCUUCACCCUAGUUGAAACCUUUCGCAACACCUCGGCCGGCCUGCGCCUGCUCCCCGCAUCGAGCCCGCUCGUGCUGACGCUCGGCGGCGUGCAGGCCGCGCUCGCGCUCCUAUGCGACAUGCUCAUCACCGGGGGGCUCUGCGUGCACUUCCGCGGCGCACGCGUCGCGUGCGGCCGGGCGCGCACGAACGCGCUCGUGGACAAGCUCAUGGUGUACGCGAUCCAGCGGGGCGCGCUGACGACUGUCAUCCAGGGGGUAUCCUUAGUCACGCUGAGCCGCGCCGCGCUCGCGGACGCGACGGUAGCUGCCACCACCAUGGCAACGACGCUCCGGUUCCGCGACGCCCCCAGCGCUAACAGCGAGUCCAGUGGGAACGCCAGUUUUGUUCUGGGCUGGGAAGACGCACAAAGGUCGAGGCUGACUGCACCGCGCAUACUGGUGCCACGCUCAUCCACCGGCACACUAGCCAGUGGCGGAGAGGUCAAGACGCGCGAGCACGUAGAGGACGCGGCCUGA